GGAGGACAAGGGGGGUAAAGGAGGAGGGAGCACAUGGAGUCCUCAGGAAGGACACCUGUAGAGCAGCAGGACCAGCGUCUGCACCUGAAGUCCCUCUGGACUCUAGUGAACACCAUGAACUAUGUGGGGCAGCUGGCAGGCCAGGUGCUGGUGACAGUAAAGGAGCUCUAUAAAGGGAUCAAUCAGGCCACUCUCUCAGGCUGCAUUGACGUGAUUGUGGUCCGACAGCCCGAUGGGACGUUCCAGUGCUCUCCUUUCCACGUCCGCUUUGGAAAACUGGGGGUGCUGCGCUCCAGGGAGAAAGUAAUUGAUAUAGAGAUCAAUGGAGAACCUGUGGAGCUACACAUGAAGCUUGGAGACAAUGGAGAGGCCUUCUUUGUCCAGGAGACGGAGCAGAAUAAUGAGAUUGUUCCAGCCCAUUUGGUGACCUCACCUAUCCCUACAGAAGAGCCUCUGUUCAGGAGCAGAGAAUCCAGAUGUGGGGGAACAACAGCAGAGACCAGCCAGCCCCUCAGUCUGGAAGAGCCAGUCUCUGUAAACCUCCACCCCUGCUCCAAUUCAGCUGGUAAAAAGAAGAAGAGACGCAGGAGAAAGCACAAAGCUGAGCCACGUAAGGAGGAGCAAACGACGGCGUCUGCAGCCGGGGAGCUGGAGCUGUGUGAUCUCAGUUCAGAUGAAGAGCAAAAUGCACAGAGUGGACGAGCAUCUUCACUGUCUGCAAUGAAGGAAAAUAUGGACCACAGACAGCAUUCCCCACUCACCGCCCUUGAAUGGGACAGCUACCCAUUCUCUGAUGGCGACUGGUCGCCCUGCACUACGGAGGUGCCUGAGCCCAUGUCACCGAAGAGUGACUCGGAGCUGAUGGUGAAGCCGUCAGAGAGCAUGCUCAGGACUGAGUCGCACAUGCAGUGGACCUGGGGGGAAUUUCCAGAAUCUACCAGGGUCAACAAAAAGGAAAAAUGGGAGCCAAAGACUUUGACCAUCACUCCCUCAGAGAACACACACUUCAGGGUUAUUUUGAGCUCUGAAGCCAUGGAGGAAGAGUCCAGAGGAGGACGGGGAACAACAGAUCCCGUUUGCAGUAUUGUAAAACCUGAGCCCCGAACCAUCAAACCUGAUGAAUGUAGCUGCAAAGCGCAGCCCCCUGCUGCUUCAUCACAUGGUGCAAACAAUACAGAACCCAAGCCAGACCUUUCAAGUUUGAUAUCGAGCAGCUUUACACCAGAGCCCUGCCCAAGCAAUGCUGACCUCAGUGCAAAAAAUGCAAGCAAGGCCAGGUGGACAUCUUCAUCUCCCAGCCGCCAGGACAGCAGCUCGACUGCCAGCGCAGGUAGUAACCAGACCGGAGACUCUACAGCUGUUUGUCCUGAUCCAAGUGCCAAUUCAAAAGCCACCGACUCACCCAUCAAGAGAAGGGUUGUGAGGAAGAGGAGCCAACAUCAGGGACCAGAAGAUAUUUACCUGGAAGACCUCACCGCACUCGAGCCUGACGUUGCUGCCCGGUACUUCCCAAAAAGUGAGUCAGAACAGGUCAAUAAACACUGGGUGGAGACAGGACAACGCUCUGGAUCCCAGUCACCCCAGUCAGUGGGGAGUGCAGCAGCAGACAGUGGCACUGAGUGUCUGUCUGACUCUGCUGGAGACCUGCCUGAUGUCACACUGUCACUGUGUGGAGGCGUCGGUGAGAACUCGGAGAUCUCUAAAGAAAAAUUCAUGGAGCACAUCAUAACCUACAAUGACUUUGCAGAGAAUCCAGCAAUUAUUGAUAAUCCUAAUUUGGUGGUCAGAAUUGCAAACAGGUAUUAUAACUGGACACUGGCAGCACCAUUGAUACUCAGUAUGCAAGCUUUCCAGAAGAACCUGCCAAAGGCUACAGAGGAGGCCUGGGUGAAGGAGAAAAUGCCAAAAAAGUCAGGACGCUGGUGGUUCUGGAGAAAGAGCAGCGUGAAGCAGUUAUCAUCAGAGACCAAGUUAGAGAGACAGGAGUCUCUGACCACAGAGAGCCCUUCCCUCCACCAGGCCCCAGAAACACAGCCCAUUUUCUCUACUCUUGACACCAUUUGCUGGUCUUCUUCAGGCUGUACUCUCCUCUACAGGCAGAAAGCUUCAGAGUGGUCCAGCGAUGAUGAGACUAAAGAGCUGAAUGCUGCGGCUCCUGCUUUAACACCUACUGAGCGCGCGCAGACGGAAAAUCAAGCACCACAACCGUGUCACUCUUACAAGAAAUCCCUCCGCCUUUCGUCCGAUCAGAUAGCCAGCCUGAAGUUAAGAGAGGGGCCAAAUGAUAUGACCUUUAGCAUAACCACUCAGUACCAGGGAACGUGUCGCUGUGCAGGGACCAUCUACCUGUGGAACUGGGACGACAAGGUCAUCAUUUCUGACAUCGAUGGGACCAUCACCAAAUCAGAUGUGUUUGGUCAGAUUCUACCUCAGCUUGGUAAAGACUGGACCCACCAGGGAAUUGCUAAGCUUUACCACUCAGUGCAUGAGAAUGGCUACAAGUUCCUGUACUGCUCGGCUCGAGCCAUCGGGAUGGCUGACAUGACUCGAGGGUAUUUGCACUGGGUGAACGACAGAGGGACUCUGCUGCCUCAGGGACCCCUCCUCCUCUCCCCAAGCAGCCUCUUCUCAGCCUUCCACAGAGAAAUCAUUGAAAAGAAGCCUGAGAAGUUCAAAAUCGAAUGCCUCACAGACAUCAAGAACUUGUUCUUCCCAAACACACACCCCUUCUAUGCUGCCUUUGGAAACAGAGAAAGCGAUGUGUUUGCCUAUAAGAAAGUGGGCGUUCCUGCGUGCCGAAUAUUCACAGUGAAUCCCAAGGGGGAGCUGAUCCUCGAACAAGCCAAAGGCAAUAAAACAUCAUACAGCCGGUUGAGUGAGCUGGUGGAACAUGUUUUCCCUCUGCGGAGUACACAACACAACGCAACCUUCAGCUGCCCAGAGUUCAGCUCCUUCUCUUACUGGAGAGAGCCCAUCGCUGAGGUGUGCCUCGAGGAGCUGCUUUAACUUGGACUACCAGACCCCCGAACACUUUAACUCUGGUUAUUUUGUUGACUCUGCAAAGGCUUAAUGCCAGUUACGUUCACAUGUCCGAGAGCUUUGUAGACCACUAAGACAGUUUGGAGUAUUGAUUCACUCCAUAUUGCAAAUAUAUUUCCUUCAUGCGCCUCGUUAUUUAAACUUCACAGAAAAAAAACUUUAUCUGAAGGCUUUUGCAAAGUUUUCCUUACAGGAGCAGAAGUUUCUUAAGGACUUUUAUAGACAGUGGAGCUAUAACAGUUGGUGUGAUCAGGUUGUGCGACAUACGAAGCGUGAUCACAAAGUCCUGUGACUUCAUGCAGUUUUAAAAAAACUGCACCUUAUCUAAAUUUGGACAAUUUCCCAUUCAAGGUCGUCUCCUUGUGCACCUCUGGUCUACUUCCAGCACUGCUGCAGUUUUAUUUCACACUUUUUUUUGACUAUUUACACUUUUGUGUUUUACAAGUUUAACCAAAACUUCGGUGUUGAUGGUCGUCAGUGGUGUAAGAGCUCGGUGUCUGGGUACGAGACUUUUUUUUUUUUUUUUUUCUCCCCCCCCCACGUUGUUAUUGUAUUUUGUACCUUGAUUUUCUUUCCUCGGGAUCAGACUGUCACUGUGGACUGAAGCACGGUUGUGUGCUGGCACGCAGCAGAUUUUAGCUAAACCAACACAACCGAUUCUGACCAUAUUGCAAGUUUUUCCUGAGAAUGAAAAUUUUACGUUAAAGAUUUAGUAUUUUUGACAAACUGGAGCACAUUUAGGGCACAUUGAAGGCACACAAGUACAAAUGAAAAGGACAGUGUUGUGAAACCAUCAGCAAUGCUGGAAGUAGUUUAGCAAACCCAAGAAGACUACAUAUGAAGGGAAAUCACAAAUGUAAACUGGGUAUGAUUUGAAUAUUUUGUACGGGUGAGUCAUGGAGUUAUAUUUGCAAAUUUUAGUGGUGUAUGCAGAACGGCUGCGUAAGCAUCCUUUUGCUGCCUUAUUUUGUUUAUAACAAUCUUAUUUAAUGUGUAGUUUUAAAAAGCUGAAGGAUUUUGCAUUAAUAUGCUAAGAAGAAAAUUGUGAAAUGAUUUGCUUGGGGUUUAACUGUAUUACUGUGAUUUUAAAAAAUGCUGCUACUAGAAAAUCAUUUUAUUAUUUUCACUUCAUUUUUAAUUUUUUACUGAUGUUUUGGCAGACGUUACUGUCAGUAAAAUUUGUUGCACUCUUUCUAUGAAAGUAAUACACUUUGUGUGAAGAGAACACAGUAUUUUUUUUUUUUUUAAUUUUCCAUUUAGAGUAAGGAAAGUUUCUGCUGCUUUGAGUUCUUUUCUGUAGAUCGCUGUGAUUACUUUGCGUGGAUUUGUGUUGAUGUAACAGCGCGAGCACAAAGAAUGACCAAAUUUCUGAUGAAUACAUGAUACAAAAGCAGAAAUGUAAUUUUUUAAGGUGUCAAAAUGCAGAUUUGCUGUACAUAACUAAUGCAUAGUAGUAUAUUUAAAGUAUGUAUAGGACUGAAACAGUUAAAACAUGUUGGAUGAUGCAUUAAUAAAAGAGAUUUUAUUUAAA